UGUAGUGUGGUGUAGUGUAGUUGUAUUUAGUGUAGUGUAGUGUGGUGUAGUGUAGUUGAAUUUAGUGUAGUGUAGUGUGGUGUAGUGUAGUUGUAUUUAGUGUAGUGUAGUGUAGUGUAGUGUAGUUGAAUUUAGUGUAGUGUGUAGUCUAUGGGAAUAAACUUAACAUGGAAAGAGACAUACAGUAGGGUGGAGAACAGUAGAGACACAUGGGACUUCUUCAUGUUUAGCAGAUGUGUGUGUGCGUGUGCGUGUGUGUGUGUGUGUGUGCGUGCGUGCAUGCGUGUGCGGGGGUGUGUGAUUGUGUGUAAAAUUGAAAUUGAGCCAAGACGGACACAAACAGAUGACAAAACAGGCAACUCCUUUGACCCACCCCCUCUUUGUGGGCUUGGCCAUUUGGCGAUUAGACAGACAAGAUCAGCAGCAUGAAGGAAGUGGGAUUUGUUGGGGGGGGAAAACGUCUGGGAAAAGAGAAGGAACGCAAAAGAUGUUCAGGAGCACGGCAGUCGAAGUGGAGAUAAAACACUGCAGGAGUGUUCUGCUCAGGAGAGAUCGUAAAAAAUAAGACAUUUUCACACUUGGCAGUACUUUCUGAAAGCUCCAGCUGAGCAUUACUUGGUGUAGGCAGGGUCUAAACACACACACACACACACACACAAACACACACACACAGACACGAGGAGUGGAAGAAAAUCCUGGACAAAAUAGGCAGUCAGAGAUGGGCUGGGAGCAUGGAGACUACUAUUGACGUCUACAAGCACUUCUCCUGGCUUAAAAAGGAUCGCGGGGGCAUGCUGGAGCCUAUCCCAGCUAACUUCGGGCAACAGGCGGGGUACACCCUGGACUGGUGUCCAGCCAAUGGCAGGGCUAAACCAAAACAAUUUAUGAUUAAGUGUCUUUCAGGUCAACUUGUGUUCUCCUGCCAAUCAUGAAAGCUACCAAGAGAGACUGCUCCGCCUAGAGGAGGACAAGGAAUCCCUAGUGUUACAGCGAGGCUUUGCAGAGGUGAGCGUACUGACUGACCAAGUGGAGGCCCAAGGUGAGAAGAUCAGAGAUCUAGAAAGCUCCUUGGAGGAGCACAGGCAGAAACUAGCCUCCACUGAAGAGAUGCUUCAACAGGAGCUGGUGAGCAGGACCUCCCUGGAGACUCAGAAGUUGGACCUGAUGGAUGAGGUCUCAUACCUGAAACUGAAGUUAAUUAGCAUGGAGGACACACACAACACACACAUGGAGGAUGCAGUGGAGACAAAGCAGAAUAAAGCAGAGUGCGUGGUAAAUCUCAUCAGCGAGCUCCAGGAACAGAUGUGUCGCUUCCAGGAAGAGAUCAGCACUCGCAUUGAAGAGAAGCGGAUGCUGGAAGAACGAGGGGCCCACCGGGGAGAGCUCCCGUCCGACCGGUCCCGGGGGCACGGCCCUCUGGUUGGGUUGAGCGGAGCCAACCUGAGCCUGUGUGAUUCUGAUGCUUGGAUGAGCAAUGGAGGACUGGCUGCAAAUGAUUUGUUCGAAGAGGUGAAGCAAUUGAAGAACAAAGUGGAAGAGCUGGAGGUGCAGAAGGGACAGUAUGAGAAGCAACUUGGAGCCACCAAGGCUCAAAUGUCAGAAAUGCAACACAUGCUGGCCUCCAAAGAUGCUGAGAUUGAACGCCUGCAGACACAACUUGUGUCCAGCUCGGCCAAUGACAACGCAGAGAGAGAAGUGUAUAUCAAACAGCUGAUGAACAAAUACCAGGAAUACCAGCGAUUGAAGGUGGGCAUGGAGUCUCUUUUAGCUUCCAAUGAUGAGAAGACUCGUCGCAUUGAGGAGCUGACACACCUGCUCGGCCAGUACAGGAAGAUGAGUGAGCUGGUGGCACUCACACGUGGAAGUAGUGAAGAGGAGCUGAGUGCCAGUUUAAAAGUCAGAGCCAUCAAACACAAAACACACCCUGAUGUCUUCAGGUUUGAGACGUCUUCCAGAGGAUCUUCUCCACUUACGUUGUCUUCAUCGCCUUGCCAGAGAGACCUGGAAUCAUGUUUUCAGAACUCGAGAUCACUCCUUUUUCCUGGAGACAGCAUCCUGUUGGAUGGAUCAUGGCAUCAGCGCAGGUUGCAGUCCAGCAGUCUGGAGGAGUUGCACAGCAGAUCCUUACAGAAGAAUCCCCACGUGGAGCUGAGCAAGUACCAGACUCUGCCAGGGAAGCUGAGGCAGAAAGGUGAGCAAAGGCCGGUCCUGAAUGGCGACAGAGAAGAGGAAGAGGAAGAAGACGUAUCUCCUGUGAGGGUUGUCUACAGCCACGACCGCGGCUACACCUUGAUCAGCUGCAGGAGCGCCAGUGCACCAGCUUUAGGAUCUCCUACCAAACAUCACCUCGAUUAUCCUGGAUGUUCCGAGACAGCGGACCUGUCGGACCAGUCCCCCCUGUCCUAUGGCCAACAGUCGGCUUUGUCAGCAGAAAACAGGAAGAGUCACAGAGGCAUCAAGAAACUGUGGGGCUUCAUCCGGCGCAGUCAGUCGGGUAGCCCGGUCCAGGUACAGGACCCUGAGCUUAGGGACUUCAAGCGGGGAGGCAUCAGAGCCACAGCGGGACCAAGACUGGCACCGUCUCUGGUCAUGCGUGACUCGAAGGUACCUCUCUGCAAGUGGACUGCAGAGCAGACAUGUGUUUGGCUUGAGGAUAUCGGACUGGGCCAGUAUGUCGUCUUUGCUGGCCAAUGGGUCACCAGCGGUCAAACGCUCCUGUCAGCCACCCCGCAUGACCUCGAGAAGGAAAUGGGGAUGAAGAACCCGCUGCACAGGAAGAAGCUCCAGCUGGCCAUCAGGACUCUGAGUAGCACGCCGCACCAGGAGUCUGCUGAGCUGGAUUACCUCUGGGUCACACGAUGGCUGGAUGACAUCGGGCUUCCUCAGUACAAAGACCAGUUUAGUGAAGCACGAGUGGAUGGGCAGAUGCUGCAGUACCUCACUGUGAGUGACCUGCUCAUCCUCAAAGUCAGCAGCCAGCUGCAUCAUCUCAGCAUCAAGUGUGGCAUCCAUGUCCUCCACCUCAACAAGUUCAACCCCAACUGCCUGAAGCGCCGGCCCAGCACUCAGAAGCAGUUCACCCGCAGCGAGGUGGUCCAGUGGUCCAACCACAGAGUCAUGGAGUGGCUGAGAUCUGUGGACCUGGCAGAGUACGCCCCAAACCUCAGAGGCAGUGGAGUCCAUGGAGGACUAAUAAUGCUGGAGCCUGGCUUCAGCGCCGACACCCUGGCCUUGCUGCUGAACAUCCCUCCUCACAAAACUCUGCUGAGACGCCACCUCAGCACCAACUUCACCAACCUGCUGGGAAGACACGCGCAGCAGGAGAAGCGACGGUACGCCGAUGCCGCCAACUUCACGCCCCUCAGCAUCACUGCCAAAGUCAAGACUAAAAAGUUGGUCUUUUCUAACUUGACGCACCUGCGGAGGAGGCGGCCGGAAGAAUCCCAGGACUACGUUUGUCCCGUGGACUCUGUGGUGAACCAGACACUGGACUACGCCAACAACCUGGAUCCGCAUCACUGCGCAGACCAGGUGGGGGCUGAAGGACACCCGCUUGUGGUGAGGGCUCAUCAAUGAAUGAAUCCAUCCCGUCAAUCAGUCACCACCGCUCUUCCUUCCUGUGCCCGCAUCCUCAUCCUCAACCUUCUAAAGCCUGCCCACCACUGAGGACACAUCAGCCAAUCACUGUCAUUGAUUUCUGAAGUAAAGGCCCUAACCAAUAAAAGAUGAUGUUAUACUUUAUUGAUACUCCAGUUUAUUAUUGCAGUAUUUGAUUAAAGAUGUAUGUAGGGAAGAGAUGAUUAUUUUCUUAUUUUUUAGUAUGAUAAUUCAUGACACUACACGGUUAUUACUGAUACAUGUGUAAAAUGUGCUUCAUUCUUUCAAGAUGGUGUGAAUAUUGACUAAUAAAAUCCAUAAA